CACGGUAUGACUAUAAUUCAAAAAAUAAAUUUAUUUGAGUUAAACCGGUAUUAUGCCGAAAUAACACAUUUGUACGAAAAAUGCAACAAUAAUCGAAAAAAAUUAAGUGAAGAAGAAAACGAAUAUUUAGCUACAAUUUUAUGGUAUGUGAAUCAUAUCAAAGCAGUACAUAACAAAUAUAAUCCCUUACAUAACCCAGAUUGCGUUGAUCCUGUAGUAGAGCACUAAAUGCGGUUAACCUAAGCUACAAAUUAAUCAAGUAUUCUCUUUCUCGUAGAGAAGAAUCUUGCAAACAUAGUUUGUCUGAUUGAUUGCUUGUGUGUCUACAGGGUCAAAAAACAUCGAAGGCCGACUUUCCGGAAAAGACAUUUCUUGAUGUAUUUCGAAGCGAGGAAUUGGGAGAAAUGACGUAGGCUGAUAGAAACCGAGAUUUCAGGCAAUGCAUUUUAAGGAUGUCCAAAUGUUCCCCUGUUUGUAGUGCAGUGUGACGAUUAUAAACUGUUGGCUUUCUUGCGUAUAAGUUCGCUAACACUUCACGUAUUCCUUAAAAGCUAGUUCGACAAGUUACCGGUGUCGACGGCUCAAAUAUGUUUUGAUCUGCGUCUAUUCUUGAGUAGAAUGCGAGUCCUCGGAAGAGCGUUACUUGUGACUAUAAAAUAGUAUUGCUGAGAAUAAAAUAUUAAAUACUCAUCAUUUCAUCUGAACUUCACUAGAUAAAGAUAUCAUUAGAUAAAAUUUAAGAUUAUAAUUAAAUUAAUGUACAAUGAUAAGGAACAUCUGUUUUACUAGUUUCUUUCAAUGCGACUUUCUUUCGAGUCAUGAUAUAGCCGCUGAAGAUCUAUUAAAAAUAAACAUCUGCUCUUUAUAUAUUAUGAAACUAUUUUUGCGUAAACACAGAAAAAAGUGAACUGAGGAUAGGUCUAUGAUUUUAAAUAUUUUUUUUCUUUUUCAUAAUUUUUAUCAAUGUAGUAAACGAACUGAUGCUAAUUUACUUUAGCAUUUGGCAAGUUGGUUACAUCAAAUUCGUAACAUGUUGUUUGCAUCACAAAAUAAUGAUAAUUCAACGAGUCAAGUUCUAAUUGUAACAUCUGAACGUAGAUAAGAAUUGCAUGAUGGUCUUCCAUUUGGUAUUUUCCGUCGAUCUGGAAUGAGGAAGUUUUUUCAUACUGCUGUACUGCUGAACAUGGUUAUGUCGGUCCAAACAGAAAAACUAUUCGACAAAAAAUAGCUAGGUAUGGGUAUAAGCGUGCGUGUAAAUACAGGUUUGAGUGAGAGUGGACACAAAAGUAUUGUCCUCACACCCACACUCUUGUUUUUUAACGAUGGAAUAAAAAUAACUUAGGUUUAAUAUCAUAGUAAAAUAUAUUGAAUUAGCAUUGAUAUCAUUGAUAAAUAUGAUAAAAUGAAGAUGCAUUGUGAAUAAAAUUAAUAUAUUAUAUUUAGUUUUAUAUUUUCGUUCAAUAUACUGAAAAUUAACUUAAAUUGAAAUAAUGACAAUAUAUAUUUUAUCAAAAAUACUUUUUUUUUAGUGAUUCCUUUGGUUAUGUAUUAAGUAAAAAUGAACAUUUAUCCCGAUCAGGAUUAGAAAAGGAGAUUUACAAUAUGGUAUUAAACAUCUCAAUGUUGGAAAAUGAUAAAGAUGAUGAAGUUUUUUAUAUUGCAGAUUCAUAUUGUCAUAUGGAUGUACUUUUCGAGAAUCAACAUCAACCAGGUGACGAUAUUCAAAUAAAAGCCUUCAGUACACAACGUCGUAUAGCAAAAGAAUACAAUCUACCUGUUGUCGUUACUUCUCGUGAAAGUUUUGUAGAAACUUUGUAA